AAUGUCUUGAGGCCUUGGUCUUGAAUGUCUUGAGGCCUUGGUCUUGAAUGUCUUGAGGCCUUGGUCUUGAAUGUCUUGAGGCCUUGGUCUUGAAUGUCUUGAGGCCUUGGUCUUGAAUGUCUUGAGGCCUUGGACUUGAAUGUCUUGAGGCCUUGGUCUUGAAUGUCUUGAGGCCUUGGUCUUGAAUGUCUUGAGGCCUUGGUCUUGAAUGUCUUGAGGCCUUGGUCUUGAAUGUCUUGAGGCCUUGGUCUUGAAUGUCUUGAGGCCUUGGUCUUGAAUGGCAAACGGGAAGUAUAAGAUUAGGAACACAACAAGAGGGAGACAGUGAGAGUCUAGUCAGUCAACCAGACUCAGUCAGAGAACCUCACCUCGUAGCUUCGUCUUCAUUGGGGAUUUGUAUCUUCAUCCCCAAACCAAAGAAGUGGUAGCCCAAAUUGGAAACACAUUGUAGCUACUGUAUAUGGCAAAUAAGACAAGAAUACCAUUACAUCAUAUCAAUUCACAUAUCAAACUCCAGCAAUCAAUGAUGACGAAGAGAAAACCACAGUCUUAUGAUUACUUUCUUGUCCUUGAUUUUGAGGCCACCUGUUGUGAGGAAGGAAAGAUGAGACCACAGGAAGUAAUUGAAUUUCCUGUUUUGAAAGUGAAUGCCAAGACUUAUGAAAUAGACUCGAGCUUCCACCAGUUUGUCAAACCAAAACAUCAUCCAAUAUUGAGUCGGUUUUGUAUGGAUUUGACUUCUAUAACACAGGAAGAAGUUGAUGGAGGAAAGCCAUUUCCUGAAGUCUUUAAAGACUUUGAUAAAUGGAUAAAAGAGGACGUGGGAAUAAACAAUAAAUUUCUUUUUGUCACAUGUGGUGACUGGGACCUCAAAACUAUGCUCCCAAGUCAGUGUGCUUCUGAGAAUCUCCAAGUGCCUGCUUACUGUAAGAAAUGGCUGAAUAUAAAAAAGUCAUAUGCAAUUGUGAAGGGAGAAUACAUCAAAGGUAUGAUGCCAAUGAUUAAGGGCCUGGGGCUCACUCACACUGGUCGCCUGCAUCGAGGUUUUGAUGACUGCAAAAACAUUGCCAACAUCCUCAAAGCACUUGCAGAUCAUGGAUGCACGUUCCUGCCUACGAUGACCAUUGAGUAACAUAUACAGUAGAGUAUAUAUAAUUUGUCAUCUCAAACAUUUGUUAUCCUAGUUUUCAAAAAGUGUUUUUGAAAUUAUUUUCAACCUUUUGAGCAUUGAGUAUAUGAAGGUUGCUCCUGGCAGUGAGUAAAAGAAAAAUUCUGUAAGUACAUAAUGUAAUUAACAAAUUUAUGGUAUAUAAUAGGGAAGUAGAAGAGAUUGGUAAUCAUAACAUGAAAGUUACAAGAGUCAUGGAGUAGUAUGCAUGCGCUUCCUUUAUUUUAUUCAAAUGAAAUCCUAGAAUAUACAGUACUAUGAAAAAAUUAAGUGCAAAUGGUUGGUUCUUUACUUUUUACAAAUGCUGCACUGCAUGUGCAUACACUCCUAAUACCGUUGUGGAACAAACUGGCUUAUGUAUAAUACCAUAACUUGUUCACAGCAAAGCUUAAACAUGGCACUUCUGCCAUGAAAAUUUUUAAUUGCUCUGGGCUGUAUACAAAUCAAUUGCAUGAGUGGAAUAUCUUUAAUCAUUUGUGCUCAAAGGGACAUCAUAGUAUUUUAUUCAGUGUUAUACCAAUAAAGUUGAUAAUAUACA